AAGCGGUGCCGGGCCUAGCAUAGAGCAGCAGCAGGUUCCCAAAAUCGAAUAAGUACCAGCGCGCCAGCAGCGUCACGUCGCAAUGCGAAAUGAAGGUUAAUAAGGCGAUUUAACAGCAGUAAUAAAGAUAGCCGUCGCUUUCCGAGAACGCACAAUAGGAAACGUAUGCGACAGUGUUGCGACAUAAAUUUCUACGAAAUUUGUGUUUUGAAUCAAAAUAGGGUUUGUUUACUGUUAACGUAUGGCAAACAUCUUCAUCAGGGCGGUGCCGCGGGAACCUCUCAAACAUUUUCGUUAAAGUUGAAAUUUUAAAUAUUUAUGAAAUGCACAUCAGCGAGUUCACAGAGGAAGCGCUGAAAAGCCGCUGCAACUGGACGAUCGAACUGACGGAGUAUAAACGUCGCGAAGAAUAUGGAGUGGUGGAAAUUUACUUCCUGCUGGAAAUUACGGCCGCGGCAGGCCUGCUCAGUGCGGCGCUUAUCGUCCCCGGACUGAUGUAUCUGGCCGAUCAAGAUUUCAACGAGGGCCGGCUGACGGAAGUGCGUAGAACGCACUAUUUCGAUGCUGCCAGCGGUGAAGAGAUCUCGAAGCAACAAGCCGAAGAGCAGCACAGCAAAAAUCGGCAAGCCUAUCAGUUGGACAAGGAAGGCAACCAGUUGUACAGUCAGGGAAAGUAUCAACAGUCCUACGAUAAAUUUAGUGCGGCUUACAACAUGUGCAGUAAAGGGUAUAGGGAAGAGGCUCGUUUCAAAAAGAACAGAGAUAUUGCCAAAAAUAAGGUAGAGGCGGCAGAAAAAUUGGAAGCUGAGAAGAACGCAAACAGGCAAGCAGAUCAGCUGUAUCGAGAAGGUCUUGAUCUGUAUAAGUAUGGAGGGAAAUAUAAAGAAGCACACGAAAAGUUCAGUAAGGCCUACAACCUUUGUACCAGUGGCUACAGUGAGGAAGAAAAGUUUAAAACUUACAGAGAUAUGGCCAAAAAGGAGAUGGAAGCCGCCAAUUUGAACGCCGAUGGAGACAAGUUAUUUCAACAGGGUAAAUUUUCAGAAGCUCUCAACAGAUAUCAACAAGCGUACGACAAAUCAGACUUCAAACCAAAGUUAUAUUCAACAAACUUAAACAAGGCAAAAGCGGAAGUUGAAAAACGAAAACAAGCCGAAAACUUACGACUUCAAGGCAAGAAGCUGUGGGACGAUGCUUGGUGUGCCGAAGAUGAGGACAAACCGGAGGAAGCAUCCCGAAAGUUUCAGGAGGCAAAUCGUUUGCUGCAAGCUGCAUUCGAGCUUGCCUCGGACAGUCGGGAAAUUGCCCGACUAAGCAGGGCCAGCAGCUUGAAAGUGGAGGGCAAUGCGCUGUUCAACGAAGGCAUCCGAUCUCAGCAUGAAGGCGUUCGAUUGCUGGAAGCGGCUCAACGGCUAAAGCAACAACGAGACUACCGAGCAGCGGAAGGGAAAUUUGUGGAGGCGAAGGACAAAUUUAAUGACUGCUUAGUGAAGUUUGAACAGGGAUGUAAGUGCGAUUCUCGGUUCGUUCCGUGUGUGGAGUUCACUCGGGAGCAACUUGAAACCGUUCUGGAAUCAAUCGAGCAAGUGCAGCAGUUGUUGCUUAAGGAAAAAUUCAAGGGUUUAAAUGUCAGGGCUGCCACUAGCGAAAGUGUCGAUCCAGCGAAUUCCCACUCUAGUCGAGAUUUUUCCGAGAUUUUCGCUAGCUUAUAAGCUAUUAUUAUUGUACAUAUUGAAAAUAUAAUUUUUUUUUUUGAAAAAAUGAAGAAUAUACAAAAAAAUAG